UGUGAUGUGUUGCUCAGCAGCUUCAGUCUUCAGUGGAUCUGCGUUUGUUUGGGUGCUACAUCUCCUCCUGCCUUCAUGCUCUCGGUCAUUUUUGUGUCAUGUGAACACUUUGGUCCUUAUCACCACAGCGGCAGGGACGCAGGACAGUUGACGCAUCCGCGCGCGCGCGUAAACACUCUCACACACACACACGCAACACACGAGAAUUGCGAAUGACUAAAGAGCUCGCUGGGACGUAAACGGGUCACCAAGGCGUAACAGAACAAUAAGAGUUUUGCCAGAGAGGGAGUGUGAGGCUGCUCGGCUCUGCGGCUGACGGCUGACUAGGCAUGGACGACAAGUCAUUCACCAAGGAGCUGGACGGAUGGAUUGAACAGCUGAACGAGUGCAGACAGCUCUCGGAGAAUCAAGUCAAAGUCCUGUGCGAAAAGGCCAAGGAGAUCCUGACGAAGGAGUCCAAUGUGCAGGAGGUGAGAUGUCCAGUGACAGUGUGCGGAGAUGUCCACGGUCAGUUCCAUGACCUCAUGGAGCUGUUUAAGAUCGGAGGGAAGUCUCCAGACACCAAUUACCUCUUCAUGGGAGACUACGUGGACAGAGGCUACUAUUCUGUGGAGACGGUUUCACUCCUGGUUUCUCUUAAGGUAAGGUUUCGUGAGAGAAUCACGAUUCUCAGAGGGAACCACGAAAGCAGACAGAUCACACAGGUCUACGGCUUCUACGACGAGUGCUUGAGGAAAUAUGGAAAUGCCAACGUUUGGAAGUACUUCACAGAUCUGUUUGACUACCUGCCUCUCACCGCACUCGUAGAUAACCAGAUUUUCUGCCUCCACGGAGGAUUAUCCCCUUCAAUAGACACCCUGGAACACAUUAGAGCGCUGGAUCGCUUGCAGGAAGUCCCUCAUGAGGGCCCCAUGUGUGAUUUGUUAUGGUCAGACCCAGACGACCGAGGUGGCUGGGGCAUCUCACCUCGGGGGGCUGGUUACACCUUCGGACAGGACAUCUCCGAGACUUUCAACCACGCAAAUGGCCUCACGUUGGUCUCAAGAGCCCAUCAGCUUGUGAUGGAGGGUUAUAAUUGGUGCCAUGACCGCAACGUGGUGACAAUCUUCAGUGCACCAAACUAUUGUUAUCGUUGUGGAAACCAGGCAGCAAUCAUGGAACUUGAUGACACACUGAAAUACUCCUUCCUACAGUUUGACCCUGCACCACGCAGAGGAGAGCCUCACGUGACGCGGCGUACUCCAGAUUAUUUCCUGUAAAGAAAAGUAUGAGGGCUGGCAAGAGACUUUGAAGAGGUUUCAUUGUAACAUGGACCAUAAAAAAAGAAAGGAUAACGUGUGCCAUUAUCACAAUGAAAUGGAAAGUCACAUUAACUUUUCCUCUCCGUGCAUGAUGUUUUUAUUGCAGCAUAUAUGUGUGUACAUAUACUGUAUAUAUAUAUAUAUAUAUAUAUAUAUAUAUAUAUAGUAUAUGUACAUAUGCUGCUUCUUUCACUUCGCAUGGCCUCAAAUCAGAAGUUGCAGUAAAUGUGUGCAUUUUCUUCCUUGUUUUUCGUUUUAUAACUGCAACAACAGCAGGUUUCUUUUGUGUGACGUGAGAUGAUAGAUAGUCAGAAAAGAACAUGUUCCCUUUGCACUUUUGUAUUUGACUUUUAACACGUGUUACCGACAGAUUAUACGUUCUUUUUUGAAACCCUUGUUUCGGUGUAAGUGUCGCUCCUUCUGCUCUGCUGUCUCCCAUGAGAGUUGAUGUACUUCAUACACGCAGGCAAUACUGUAACAUAAAAUGGCAUCGGUUGAAAAAAAAUAAAAGGAGAAAUAAACAAUUGCUUUGCAGCCACAGCUAUACAAAAUAAAGACUGAAGUUGCUUCAA